CGUCCAUGAUCCUCGCAACGUCAAUUCUCUAUACUUUCAAACCCCCAAGAGCUCCAAGACAGCCAGAACCGGCGACAAUGUCAUACCAGAUCCAUGGCCAGUUCCUUCGUCACCUCCCCAUCCUUCCGGACUGUAUCUCAUCCGACGUCGAAGAAUUCCGCGUUGAAGCCUGGAUGCGUCUCGAUAGGCGUGUCCGUCUCGUCGAUAUCACUCAGCGUAUGCACCCCGAGUUUCGAAUCAAACCAAACGCUCUUCAGCAGCGUGGUGUCCGGUUCCGAAAGGCAUUCAACAUGCUGGCAUGGGGAUCCGGAAACAAGAAGACGCUGGAAACCGAGGCCGAAUUGGUCAAUAAGAUGCGCAGCUGUGGAAUCGACCCCGGCGUCAAUUCCACUCGUGGAAUGACGCCGGGGUUGAUCCGUCCUGAACUGGGUGAGACCGGGGGUAGGAUUGCUCUCCCCGAGCAAUACAGCAGACGGUCUUUGGCUCCGGCCAGACCUGUGCCCGUUGUUGGUACAGAUGCCGGGGACGGUAAUGGGGGGGUCGUCAGCCUCUUCGAAGAGGCCAUCGCGGCCUGCCUUUGGAAGGCCGUCGAUAGGGAGGCGGCGACCCCUCCAACCGCCUUCGACCUCGGCAUCGAGGCAUAUCUUGCCCACGACAAGAUAAUGAGGGCGAUGGGGGCGGGGAUGGGAGAUGGAGUUUUUUAAUUUUUUUUCUUUUUCUUUUUUCUUUCUUCCUUUCUUUUUCUUUUUCUUUUUUUUAAAAAAAAAAAAAAAUUGGGAACUGGUUUCGGGGGCCCGAGGGG